GUUUAAACACCAAGCAUUGGCAAUGGAGCAGCUGCUGGCUCUGAUCAGGAGGUUCUGUGAAGUUCUGCUGAUGCAGCUAAGGAAGCUGCUGGACCUGAACCAGGACCUGCAGCAGAAUCUGAACCAGGACCUAAACCAGCACCUGAAGGAGGAUCUGAACAAGGACCUGCAGCAGGAUCUGAACCAUUACCUAAACCAGGAUCUGAACCAAGACCUGAAACAGGGUCAGAAUACAGGGGAGCAGGAUGGUGAUCCUCAGGUAGCUGUCAGAGGUCAAUUAGAUGGUACGCAAAAUGACCCCAGCCAAUCAGAACAGACUUGUGUGGCUGACAGGGGGCAGAGCUUCAGUUGUAGCGUCUGCUUUCGCAGCUUCUCCAGACGUACCAACCUUGUCACUCACCUCAGGGUCCACAGCCGAGAGCGGCCCUUUACCUGUUCCGAAUGCGGGCGGGGCUUUUCUACAAGCAGCAGCGUCCGGGUCCAUCAACUUAAUGUACAUGGCUGCCAGCGUCCAUUCAGGUGCACUCAUUGUGGGAAACUGUUCGGUACUCGCAGCCACCUACAGACACACCAGUCGUCCAGUGGCUCGCUGGCAUGUUCGUCAUGUGGGGAGAUGCUUGUAUCAAGAUGUAGCCUCAGACAGCACCAGCUGACUUGUCAGAGUACAGACAGGAAGUUCAGGUGCCGAGAAUGUGGGAAGGAUUUUUCCAAACGCAGUUACCUGUCUGCUCACCGGAGGGUGCAUCUGAAGAAAAAAACGUUUAAAUGUACCACUUGCAAUAAGGGAUUCACCACACAUCGCAGUGUCCAUGUGCACCAGCUGAGUGUGCACCGAAGAUUGAAGCCUUUCGCCUGUGGCGUCUGCAGGAAGGCAUUCAGCCAGCAGGGUGGCCUCAGAGCGCACAUGAGGACACACUCAGGUGAGCGACCAUAUGUCUGUGAGCAGUGUGGUAACAGAUUCUCCAGUCGCAGCAGUCUGACAGUUCACCGCCGUGUCCACACUGGAGAAAAGGCCUUUGCUUGUGACACCUGUGGGAAGAGCUUCAGCCUCUCUGCCAACCUGCGCCGCCACCGCCUCAUUCAUUCAGGGCACCGCCCCUUCACCUGUGACAUUUGCGGCCGAAGCUUCACGCAGGCAGGGCACCUGAAGGUACAUCGUGCUAUUCACAGUUCACAGUGGGGGUUCAUCUGCAACGCCUGUGGAAAGGGCUUCAGACAGCGCAGUGCACUGUUGCUGCAUGAGAGGCGGCACACUGGCAUCAAACCGCACAGCUGCAGCGAGUGUGGAAAAAACUUCACUUCAUCUGUGUCACUCAAACGCCACCUGCUGGUUCACAACGGGCAGAAAACGCACACCUGCAGUGAGUGCGGAAAGAACUUUACCACUGCUCAUGUACUGAAAACGCAUCUGCGGCAGCACGGCACCCACAAACUCUUCUCCUGCGAUGUUUGCAGUCGUAGCUACAGCUCACUCAACUACCUGAAGACACACCGGCGCAGUCACUCGGAAGGGAACCCAUUUAGCUGCUCUCAGUGCGACAAAACCUUCUCCACACAGGCAAGCGCCAACCUGCACCAGCGCACGCACACUGGCGAGAAACCUUUCAUCUGCGAGGUCUGUGGGAAGAACUUCAGCGUGUCGCAGAACCUCAUCCGACACAAACGCAUCCACAGUGGGGAGAAGCCAUUUGAGUGCAGCGUUUGCAGGAAGACAUUCAGUCAAAACAACAAUCUGAAGACACACCUGCGCGUCCACACAGGACAGAAACCAUUCAGCUGCACUUCUUGCUGCCGCAGCUUCGCCGCCAUGAGGAGCCUCCGCGAGCACAAGUGUGUCCCUGCUAACUAGGACCUGGUGUCGAACUCUGUGAUGUUGACUGAACACCCUCUGUUUUGUUAAAAAGAAAAAGUGUUAAAAGUUAUCAUACUAUUUCAAUAGUUUAGUUUAAUCAGUGAACCAAUAAGAAUGCAGCGUGCUGUUUGAACCAGUUCUUAACAGUGCUGAUGAUUAGCUGUCUUGAAGCUGGCAGGAUGUUAUAGUGAGUAUGUUUAGGGAAUUAAUCUGUCGAGAUUAAGUUGACGCAAUAAAUAAGUAA